UAGAUAAAGCUUCAACCCCACUGAACUAUUAUCCAUUGACCAAUCAAGAGCCGAAAUGCGUACUAUGCAUAACUAAAUUGCAUUUAAAGAUAUUGUACUAGUUUGUCUUAUCGAUAAACGUUAUUUUUUUGGUUGUCUUGAAGUUCAACUCUAAACUCUGAAAAACACGCCGAACACCUCCAAGGCUACAUUUCUUGCGAUAAAUCCAACGGCUAUUAUUUCAACGACGACGUUUCACGACAGAAAUACAUCCGAAGUAAUGAAUUCCAAAAGAAAGUUCUCCGACUUUAAUGCAGACUCUUCUGCGCAAGGAGAGUCUCGCGAAUUUAUCCCAGGGUCUCAUGCUUCCAAGAAGCUUAAGGAAAAGAAUGGCAAGAAGAACAAAACGAAGCCGGGUAGCAUGAACUGGGUCAAGAAACGGGUACGAACUAUCGAGCGAAGAUUUAAGGCUGGCCAUAAUAUGCCUGCAAAUGUCCAAAAUGAUUUGGAAAGGGAACUAGCACAUUAUCAGCAGACGAUUGUUGAAACCGCCGAUGAGAAGAAGAGAAAAGCAAUGAUCAAGAAGUACCAUAUGGUCCGUUUCUUUGAGAGAAAAAAGGCAGACCGACUCGCGAAACGGAUCGAAUCCCAGCUCAAGACUGCCACAGAUGCUACAGAGAUCGAGAAGCUGAACGCGGACCUACACAAAGCGAAGAUAGAUGGCAUCUAUACUAGAUUCUUCCCUUAUAGGGAGCGCUACAUCAGUUUAUACCCAGCAACAUCGUCAGGCCCAUCAGCGGAUGGCGGGGAGAAGGCAGAGGAUGCGAGUUCAGCAGCAGCACAAGCUUUACAUACCGAUCGGCCACCACUAUGGGAGGUCAUAGAAAUGGCAUCAGAAAAGGGCACACGAGCGCUUAUCGAUAUCAGGGAACGGAAAGUGAGCACGGAUUCGAAGGACUCCUCUACGAAUACUGGAAAGGAUCCUGCCCUCACAAAGUCCAGCCAUGCCAAAGCAAAGGACUCAGAAAGCUCAAAAGAUACAAGUGGCCGACCAGGCAAGGGCAAAGGAAGGCGGAAUCAACCCCCAAGUUCUUCAAGGCUAAAGAAUGAUAGUGAUAGUGAAGGUGGAUUCUUUGAGGAGGAAUGAGGGAGACUAGAAAUUCGGUUCUCAUACAGAGUACGCAGCAUGAUCACGAUAUCAUUGCUCUAAAUCGUAUGAAGCAUAAUGUGUAAUGCCUAGUAUGUAUACUGUACGAAUAAGGAUCCUAUCACGAACUAAUGUAGAGUACCAACUUUACACAAGGUCAUGUGUACACUCAACACUACUCAACAGGCAACUACUCGAUGCAGUGUAUUACAUAUGCAGACCAAGGGAAACGCGGGGUGGUAUUGGCAUGAUGAAUGGAGUUUUUACUCCCUAAUGCACGAUUUUAUUCGCCGAGCCAGUGAGAGAGGUUGCAUAGGUUGCAUAGGUUGCAUAUGAUUGGGUGAACGUACUUGAGGUUUACCUGAUUGGUCAUUUUCAAGAUGAAGAAGCAGGCUCUAACUGGUUGAAUGAGUCUUCAACAGCACGUUAUGGUUUCUCAAUUAAAAUAUAAUUGGCC